CCUCUCACAAUAAAGGCAGAGGGAGUUAUAACUGCCAGUCCUCGUGCUGUGUCUGAGUGUGCUCUUGUUUCAACUGCAGGAUCAGAUAAGCAGCCAUGGAUGAUGUAUAUAAAGCAGCGGUCGAGAACUUAACAGAGGAGCAAAAGAAUGAGUUCAAAGCUGCGUUUGAUAUCUUCAUUCAGGAUGCAGAGGACGGCUGCAUCAGUACCAAGGAGUUAGGAAAGGUGAUGAGGAUGCUGGGACAGAAUCCCACUCCUGAAGAGUUACAGGAGAUGAUUGACGAGGUGGAUGAAGAUGGCAGCGGGACGGUAGAUUUUGAUGAGUUCUUGGUUAUGAUGGUCCGCUGCAUGAAGGAGGAGAGCAAAGGAAAAUCUGAGGAGGAGUUGGCUGAACUUUUUCGCAUGUUUGAUAAGAAUGGAGAUGGAUACAUAGACUUAGAAGAGCUGAAGUCCAUGCUGGAGUCCACUGGAGAGGCCAUCACUGAAGAUGACAUCGAAGAGUUGAUGAAGGAUGGAGACAAAAACAAUGAUGGCAAAAUUGAUUAUGAUGAGUUCCUGGAGUUCAUGAAAGGUGUUGAAUAAAGGAUUCUGCCGGAGGCUUCACAUCUUCUAUCCUCUACAUGCGUUGGCAACAUCAUCGAAGGUCUUCUUGAAGAUAUCUUCACCGGUUUUUCUAAUACUGUACCUUCAAGGCCUUUUCCAGGAGAUUUCAUUGAAUAAAAUAUUUUUUCUGAAUAAAAAUACUUACAUGUUUGUUUUGUCUGUCACACAAUUUUGUGUAAAUUAGCUUAACUGAAAGUGAAUUUGUGUUAUUUCUAUGGUGCUUAACUGAGCUGCACAGUCAUGUUAUAGUUUCAAUGGGACACCGGUCUCCAGCGCAGGACACGAGUGGCUUUUCCAAGGUUCCACAGAAUGAAUGAGAGGGCAGGCAGGUAAUUCCAAGUUUUCCACUCGCUUCCCUCCUUGGUACAUGAGGCUAUGCACAAAGGAGAUGACAGCAAAGACAAGCCACAAGAAACAAAACAUGGAAUUCAACACUCCGGUGGAAUGCUCUGAUGGUUAGCGGGAAGAAGCCUGGCACUUUAUCACAUCUCUCAACUUAUUACUGUAUGUCCAUAUAUAUUAUGACUGUGGACAUUCAUAUGUCCACGUCCAUAUACACCACGCACUUGGCAAGACACAGAGAGAGAGACAGAGACAACGGGUGGAGGACAGAAGGGUAAGCUGACUCUGGAGGAUCAGGGAGGUUUUUAUUAUCCCCAAACACAAAUUUGUUGUGCAGUCAGUAGAAAUCACACAACCAUCAAGCAAAAUGCAAUAAUGUGCAAUAAAUACACAACAAAGCGAUAUGACCAUUGAGAACAUGGUGAGUUAUUUAAAAGACGAAUGGUUGGGGAGUUGCAGUCCUGUAUGCUGGGACACUGUUUCUACAACCAGAUGGAAUCAACUCAAACUCCUCUAAUAAGGAGUGUCGAGGAGCUGCCAUAACCUGCUACAGGUGUGGAAGCUCAUUCAGGGUCACACCUGCGAUUGUGCUGGACUCUGUCACUGUAUCUUGAAGUAUCGUUGUGCCUGCACCAGCAGACAAAAAAGAGAGUGGAAGAGCAGAUUUAAUAAAACAGUAACCUAAAAGCAGAUGUGCUGGGAAGCUUUUCUACAGACAGCAUCCACCUAAAGCUCAAAGGUAACCUUAUCAUCAGUUAUAGUGCUACAGUAUUAAUACUGCUCAACGGCCUGAUCCUUUCUUAAGAGCUUGAAAAAAGGACGUGACUGGACUUCUUUAAGCGGUACAUGUGGUGGUUCUUAUAUGGCUGUUUUAAACUGUUGGAGCACUCAACACACUUUAUACAACGUGCCUCAUUCACCCAUUCAGACCCUUUCAUACAAGCACUUUUUUCUACACCUAAGUUAAAAUGUCUUGAUGCUCAAUCAUCCAGGUAAAGAAAUCCCAAAAGGUUGAUUCUGUUCAUCUGGACAUUUUCAGUGGGAGAAACGUUUCGUCACUCAUCCAGAUGACCUCUUCAGUCUCAGCUGACUGCAGGUUUCCUGCACUGAUCAAUAACCAUGAGUACCAUUCACAGAGAGUUGGGGAAUGGCUGCAAUCACAGCAUUGUAAGAUGGUGACAGAUGGACCCUUAGGCCCCCUCCUCGAUUCAGAGAUGGUCUUUCCCUUUUCACGUAAAUGGCCUCCUUGACUCCGCGCUCAAACCAGCGUUCCUCCCUGUCCAGGAUGUGUACAUCCUCAUCAUUGAAAGAGUGUCCACUGGCCUGUAGGUGUAAAUAGACUGCAGAGUCCUGGCCUGACGAGGUAGCUCUUCUGUGUUGUGCCAUCCGCUUCGCCAGAGGUUGUUUGGUUUCCCCGAUGUAUAAAUCCUGGCAAUCCUCCUGCACUUAACAGCGUACACUAUGUUACUCUGUUUGUGUCGGGGGAUCCUUGGGGUGGACCAAUUUUUGGCACAGCGUGUUUUGGGGUUUAAAAGCCACAGAGUUUCACAGAGCCUGCAGUAUUUAGAAAAAAUGCGUCUCAACUGUUCUGACACUCCUGACACAUACGGGAUCACUACAGGUGAUAAGCGAGAGCUUCUGUUUAUAAGGUUGGAAACCUGCAGUCAGCUGAGACUGAAGACGUCAGCUGGAUGAGUGACGACACAUUUCUCUCGCUGAAACGCUACGUCCAGAUCAACAGAAUC